GCGAAGCUCGUGUGCAGUGGAGAUAUCGGCAGCGGUUCCAGCGAAAGAGUUUGGCACGAUGUCUCACACUAUUUUGCUGGUACAGCCUACCAAGAGGCCAGAAGGCAGGACUUACGCUGACUAUGAAUCUGUGAAUGAGUGCAUGGAAGGCGUUUGUAAAAUGUAUGAAGAACAUCUGAAAAGAAUGAAUCCCAACAGUCCCUCUAUCACAUAUGAUAUCAGUCAGUUGUUUGACUUUAUUGAUGAUCUGGCAGACCUCAGCUGUCUUGUGUACCGAGCUGAUACCCAGACAUACCAGCCUUACAACAAAGACUGGAUCAAGGAGAAGAUCUACGUGCUGCUUCGCCGGCAGGCCCAACAGGCUGGGAAAUAGUUGAGUUGGAAGCGUUAGGGGGAUGGGGGUGGGCUUGGAACACAAGUGUGUACAGUGUGCUGUAGUGGGAGUUUUGUAUUAUAAUAGUCCUGUUUCCAUUUUGUUAUACUCUAGCCAGGAUUGAAUGUAUUAGAUGAAAUGUGAGGAUUUUGUUCAACCUGAAACCCCUGUUACCUUUUUUUUUUUUACUUAAACAUUUUUAUGAUGACUUAAAAGAAAGUUCUUCGUCAGUUAAUGUUGGUCGGUUCCAAUCAUUUGAGAUGUUCCUACCUACUUCACAACAUUCACUGUAUUAACCCUUCUGCAAGAUAGAUGGGGUGGGUGGUGGUUACAAAGUUUAGUUAUGUCUUCAAGAUAAAGUCUUAGAUAAAAAAUAAAUGCUCUUUAGUUA